GCGCUUUACCACCGGCUCAACCUUAUAGCCUAUGCUGACAAGCUGCGUGUGUACCAGGAUUAGGUUAUGUUUUAUCACUUCAGUUUUCAUGACAAUAGAAAAAAUAUAUAAACCACAUUUCCGUGAUUUUAAAAGUUCUUGCUGAUAUUGCGUGUCGGUAUAAUUUGCUUGCACAACCUGCUGAACCUGUACAACUGCGGGGCGGACCUUCGCACGCGUUCCCCAAGUCACGGAGGCAAGUUGUGGAGAGAGAGAGAGAGAACUGACUGCCGCGUAGACCCAAUAAAUAUCUGAGGACUUUCGCAUUCGAAUGACCGACAAGAGGCUAUCUUGCGCGUUGCGGACUGAUCCGGUUUCAGCCUAAUUUAAUUCAAUAUCCAUUAAUCGAUUUUUACCGUUAAAUUGACUAAGGUACCUACAGUUAUUUGCCUAUCGGUUUUAGACAGGCUGUUAUAGCCUUGGUGGAAAAACGCGGAUAAUGCUUGGUCAUAACGAUCAGAUGACAGUAACACGUGCUGUCAUAUCUUAUUGGCUCCGUUUCAAAAUUAAUACCAGAUUACAUUUUGCCCUGACUGAAGUGACUUGUUAAUUAGAAAAACCGGACACUUGUUCCUGCACUUUUAAAUCAACCACAUUUAUAUUAAAAAAUGAGAUCAAAGGGCAUCUUUUUACUUCUACUACUGGGUACGUUAACGGCAUAUUAUGUUUACUUACCCAUUCCGGAUGAAAUGGAAGAGAGAUGGAAGUUGAUGGCCACAGACUGCUUUUUCAGAAGCCUCAGUCACCUGGCAGACCUGAGUGAGUUACUGGGUCUAAAGGACUACAUGGAGAUCAUGAUGUUCAUCACCUUCGCAGAGGAAGUGGUCACAGAGUCAGACGAGCAUGUACGGGUGACGGUGGAGGUGUUUGACGGGGUAGAGGUGGUGGUCUAUGAGCCAGGCCAGCAGGGCGGCGACGGGGAGCUGAGGAGGGCAGUUAUUUACCUGCAUGGAGGGGGAUGGUGUCUGGGCAGUGCGAGAAUGGGACCGUAUGAUCUUCUUGCCAGACAGAUGGCCAGCAAACUUAAUGCUGUUGUGGUUUCUGUGGAGUACCGGCGGGCCCCAGAACACCACUUCCCUGUCCCGUUUGAAGACGUGAAUCGUGUGGUCAGGCACUUCAUCCAGGCACAGGUGCUGGCCCAGUAUACUGUGGACCCGGGCCGCAUUGCCGUGGCAGGGGAUAGUGCAGGGGGCAACCUGGCAGCUGCUGUUGCCCAACAGCUGGAGCAGGACCCUGAACAGCAGGUGGCGCUAAAGGCUCAGGUUCUACUCUACCCAGUGCUGCAGGCACUGGACCUCAACACGCCGUCGUACCAGCAGAACCAGGACAUGCCCAUCCUGCCCAAGACUCUGAUGGUGCGCUUCUGGAGCCAGUACUUCAGCCGAGACAAGGCCCUGUUCCACGCCAUGAUGGCAAACUCGCACAACAAACUGGAGUCGGCCGGCCUGAUGAAGUACGUCAACUGGAGCGUGCUCCUGCCCGAGAGCUUCCGCGAGCCGUACACCUACAGCGCCCCCGUGGCCGAGACCUCGGACCUGUCCCACAAAAUGGCCGCCAUCACCGACCCCCGAGCCUCCCCGCUGCUGGCCCCGGACUCCGUGCUCCGGCUGCUGCCCAAGACCUAUGUCCUGACGUGCGAGUACGACGUGCUGCGAGACGACGGGAUCAUGUACGUCACGCGCCUGCAGAGGGCCGGCGUCGACGUCACGCACCAACACUACGCCACCGGUUUCCAUGGCGCCAUGCUGUUCACGCUGUGGCCGACCGAGUUUGAGAUAGGGCACAGGAUGACGGACAACUACAUCCACUGGCUGAAGGAAAACCUGUAGGUCACCACCCUCUUCCUGUUAUGUGUGGCUGUCGGUUCUGUAGGGAGGCGUAUAUUCUUUUAUGAAUUUAUGAGUUCUAUUUGUUCUGUUGUCUUUUUGGUGAUUGUUUUUGUUUGUGCUUUCAUUUUUGAAAGUGGGCACACCUGAGAGUUCUCAAUGUACAUUAUUAUACAUUGUGUCUGUUACAGAUUUCUUUAAAGCUGUAUUCUGAAUAUUUAUUAAUUUGCAGUUUGUAAUUACAAAUAAUUGUAUGCAGCAUUUAACCAAGUUGGUGGAGACUUUUCUUUUCUAAACAAAAAUGAAACAGAAACAGGAAAUGGUCAAUCAUUAAGCCAGGUUUUCAGCAUUUUUUUUUCUUUGAGGGCAAAUGUUUAUCUGGUGAUGUACAUCAAUCUGUAAUUAUCCAUACCAUGAAGUCUGUUUCAGUUGUUGGCCUCUGGUGUAUGGAAAACAUAUAUGCAUAACCUCGAUGCUGUGGCUUUUGUUGCCUCAGGCUAUUAUGUGCAUUACACAAGAACUCUUAGAAAACGCUUGAAGAAAGUGAUGCCCUUUCACUGAAAAAAGAUUGCAUCAUUUCCUCAAGACAGUUGACACAGCAUGAGUCUUGUGAUUCAGCAGUGAAGAAUCCCGUUCUACUAGAGUGGAUGAAGAAUGCUGAUGGUGUUGAAAAUGGCAUUGAACUCUGGCCAUGUCUGGACAUGUCCCUAUCACCCCCUCUCUGAAGUCCUCACUCUGGUCUCAGGGGCCGCAUAUAGGGGGCCCCAGACUGCUCUGCAGUGACUGCACUCUCAUCUACACCUCUUUUUUGUACAUUGUGGCAACUGGGGCCAAGUCUGCGGGAAGGAAGCAGAGCACUCUACUGGUUAAGUAGGCACACACCUAGACUGCCUUAGGAAUCAGUCCAGGAUUUUAAAAGGUGUGCUUCAUUCCACAAUUGACGGCUGAGCCCGGGGAACCGUCACCAGAGAGAGCUGUGAGAGAGCUUAUUUUUGCCUGGAACCCGUGAGGGGGAAGGGCAAAGUAUUUUUGUUUAUUUUAGUAAAUGCUCUAGCUCUCUCUCUCCCUCUCUCCCUCCCCCACUCCACCGAUACGGUAAUAAAAGACAGCGCAACCCGGAA